GAAAAGUGGAAAGCUACCAGCAAUACAUGGUUUUUGUAAAUACAAUGUUUCAUUCACUUUAAACAGUGUGUCAGUCUUGCCCGGGGCUCAGUCGAAUUAGACUCUCUGCAAGUAGUAGCAAACUUGUUACCUUGUAAACGAUGCAGUGGAUGAUGACGUUGUUUGAAAUCCAGCCAUCGUGUGCUCUGUUACUAACAGCCUUCAUUUUGAGAUAUCAGUACGUCACAACCGAAGACUCCCAUGUAUCAAACGCCAAUUACAUCCGUCACUUCAGCGGAAAAUGUCUUCGGUAUAAUCAAGCUCGGGGAAGGCUUGAAUAUGACCAGCUUUGCACUGAGAGAUUUGAAUGGAAAGAGGGAGUGCGUCUCGUGCAUGUGCGCACAAAAAAAUGUCUGACUGUCAAUGGGACAAGUGAUGGGAGUUUCUUGUCGUUGUCACACCAAUGCAAUGAUACCAGUGGCAUGUUCCAAUACGACGAAAGAGCUCGUGCGAUCAUACACCUCUUCACCGGAAAAUGCUUGCAUCCAGAAAAUGGAAUCGCCGACAUCACCAUCGGCACACCAGUUGUGUUAAAAACAGGCUGCAGCCAAAACGCCAGCAAAUUUUACUUCAGAAAGAAAGCCUACUACAUCAUUCGGCAUUACGGUGGACUAUGUUUGCUCUACAUAGAUGCAUAUGAGGUUAUUAAGCUAAGAAAUGAGAUCGCAUGUGAUCGUUUUGAGUACAUUGAUGGUAAACAUUUGAGACAUGUUAGAACAGGAAAAUGCGUCAUUUAUUCAAGCUCGAACAUCCGACUGACUGACGACUGCAGCUCGCCAGCGACAGAAUACGAAACGAAUCAGAAUUUACAGUUGCGAAAUGGUGAACAAUGUGUGCAACCAUCUUCUGGAUUACCGAAUCCUCCUGUUCGCGAUUUGCUUUUGCUGACGCAGUGUAGCCACGAGAACAAGUUUAAGUUCAAUUUCUACGACGAUAAAGAUACACUCCAAGUUGUAAUCAAAUCAGAAAGCUGUGAUGACAUUCCAUCUGGGACCUCUUGCUCACAAUGCAAGGGUCUUGUGUUCGUGAACGGAGGACAAUACAGCCCCAAUUCUCCAGGGAUAAACGUGGUUCUCUUUGAUUACAGAAGUGGUUUGUUUGAAGAGAAAACCAGCUACCGAAUUUAUGGCCAUCCAGACCAAAGAGUGCAGCUAACAAGUUUCUUGAAUAAUCUUCCCGAUGGAAAAAUCCUUUUCUUAUCAGCAAAGGAUUCAGUUUACAUCGAUAACGAUCUUGCAGUUGCAUUGCAAAAGAUUGGUGUAUCUGCAACAUUUGCCAUUGAUUCUCCUCCUACAUCAAAAAUGUCUUUGGCAUUCGUGGGCUUCACAGGGCAGGAGAGAAAAAUUUGGGAGAAAUCCAUCAAUAACCUUGGAGGCUCAGGAGGCUCGCCUCUUCAAGUUACCAUCAAUACUUUUGUUGACCGUGAUGGGGUAAAUGAUUGCUCAGAUGAGCUGGGAAUACGAGUGAAAAGAAUCCCACAAGCAAGGUUUUUCGCAACGUCAGUGUUGAAAAGUGAUGUUGACUUUCAGCCUUAUGCUGCCAGCUUGCACCAUAAAACCCAGUGGUGUUCCAAAACCUAUAGCACAGUAUCGAAAGAGUAUUUGCAGGUGGAUCUUGGAGUAGUAAAACUGGUCAGUGGUAUCGCAAUGCAAGGCCAUUCAUCAAGUUCUGAUCGCGUCACAGAAUUCCAAAUACAAUACAGCGAGAAUGGUGUUUCAUGGCAGUUUUAUAAGGAUCUUCAGAAUUUAGAGCAAAAAUUUAAUGGAACAAGAACAACAAGACAAGCAACUGUAGAUACAAAAGUUAGCUGGUUCCUCAACACAAGGGCGAGAUUCGUUAGAAUUAUUGGAACAGCCAGGAAGUCGUCUUAUUGGAAAAGUUGCUUCCGAUUUGAACUAUUUGGCUGUUCAAUAGCAAGGAGCUUCUUAAGCGUUGAAUGGACACCAGACUCCAGCAGCUAUAUUAAUGAUUCUUAUAAGGGAUCGAUAUCAACUUUUGGUACAGUUCAAGAGAAUGUAACAGUAGGGAUAUCAGCAUCUGGCGAUAACCAAAGUUUGGCAACAAAUAUUGGUCAAAUCCACUUGCUCAAGCUGAACGCAUCUACCAUUGUUGAUAAUGGAACGCUGCUGGAAGACACCGAUGAUAACACAAUGGUUAAAGAUAACAUUAGGCAAAUAAACAGUGCGGCAGUUGUACAGUUCGACAUCAAGGAACAGAAUUAUCAUGCAUUUGAUAUUGACUUUGCUGGGAAUAUACUGGAUGAUGGCCUUCCGACUGGUUAUCGAUAUCUCACCAUAACAUCCGAAACUGGUGAUGCAAUUGCUGUCCAUUCAGCGCCGUUUUUCGUAAGCAGAUGGCAACGAGACCAAAGCAUCCUCCAAUUGAACGCCACGCAUGAAAACGAGGAAUGGUAUACUCACAACAGUUUGCUAACUCUGAACCUUACGUUGUCACAUUUGGCCGCACAGAGUCACGCAAAUGCUUAUGGAGUCAAUAUUAUGAUUUACUACAAUAGCGAAUUUCUCCAGUUCAAAUCAAUAGAGCUUAUGAAAACAAGUGCCUUUACUCUGCCCAUGUCUAGAAAUGUAACAAGGCCCGGCCUAAUCUUGAUUCAAAAUGAUGCAGUUUGGUUACAGAACGACCAAUUUUUGUCCAUAAAAUUUCAAGUAAGUAUCCCAAAAGGUUUAUCGAGGGGUGAAGACUGCAAUGGAAAUAUACUUAUCGAAUUUUCGUACCACAACAACCUGGCAAAAUUAAGCGGAACCGUGAAUACCACUUUGGAACGGCCUGUCCCUUUUAAAUGCAAAGUUAACCAAGCCAAAAACAUCAAGGUAAAGUCUGUUCGUUUGCCGUCUCCUGAAUUCAGCAUGGUUUAUGAUGAUAUAAAUCAGGAUUUCUUCUUCUGCUUGCAAAAGAAGAUAUACAUGACAAGAAAUGCACCUACUUGCUUUUUACAGCAAAAAGACAAGACUUCCUGGGGAAUAAUUCCCUUCAUGUCGACAGUGGAGGCCGUUGACGUUGAAAAGCGAAUUCUUUAUGGGCUUGACAGGGUGGGGAAAUCAUAUGCCAUAUCUGUUUUUCCAUAUGCUGUAAUGGAUCAGAUUGAGGAUUCUGUUUGGACAGCAGUAAUAGAUCAACCACAAACAAGAAUAUCAGUGAAGGCCAACACUUUGGGUUUAUUGCCUUCCAGCCCAGAAAACCCUAUGAUUAUCUCCAUAUCUGGCAAAGCAUCAUGGGCAGCGACAAAGCGCGGUAUUCUAAAAGAGGCCAAUGGGAUAUGGCAGCGAGUGACAAAUUUUGUCUUGUGAGUGAUAACUCUUUCAAGCAACGGACUAUUCUACGCUAAGUACUCAAAUAUUAGCCAAAAGAAGCUUUGGUAUUUUAAAACUCUCUUUGCCGUUAUUUAUUUCAUAAUAGAGAAACCAUUAUUAUUUAAACUCAACAAAUGAAUCAAAAAAUGAAAAAUACCUUAUUCCGACUUUAUUUCUUUGGACAUUAUCCGACGUUUAUACUCUGACGAGUGUCGGACGAAACGUAUUUUAGUGCGACAUACCGUAAAUCGUCGAAUUGCCCCCCCCCCCCCCUCGAAUAAGCCCUCACCCUAGAACUAAAAAUUAUCAAUAAGCCCCUCCCUGGAAUAAGCCCCCACUGCUACUGUCAAUUCUCGAAUUGACCCCUCCAUUUGAUGAUUUUUGUCAUCUGAGGUUGCCUAUGGCGUUUUAUUGAAUUACCACAACAAAUUCAUAUUUUUGGUAAGAAUUAAUUAAAUGCACAAAAAGAAAUUCCCAGUAAAAUAAAAGAGGUCUUUUAAUAAUGUCUUCUUAAUGUCUACAAUAAUUUUAUAAGCCAGCCCCCCUCGUAUAAGCCCCCCUCGAAUAAGCCCCCAUCCAAAAAUAUAAAAAAUAAAUAAGCCCCCAGGGGGGCUAAUUCGAGGAUUUACGGUAUUACCGCUUUUUCGUGCUAUUUUCAAAUACUCCAUUGAAAUGACUGCACACACGACAAGGCUAAACACCAGUUGGCUAGCUCAGUUUACCGAGACACAUUUUGUCACAAGAAUGCAUUUACUUUAAUUUAUUUGAUUUAUUGCAUUAAUUAACGUAUGUGCUUUUAUUUUUUUCAAUGGCCGAUUCUGCAAUUGCAAAGUAAGUUACGCAGUUAUCAAGGACAAUGAAAGUUAUCAUGAAUAUAUGGCUUUACUUGAGAAAAUAAGCUAAUUAUGGUAGGGCUUUUACAACGUAUGAAAAGGGCGCAAUUGCUCCUCUAGCCCUAAUGAUGAUUCCCUAAGUAAAAAACUAGACAAUCGUCCUCACUUGAUAAAUACAAAGACUCGAUACCUCGGAGCUUUGGUCUCCGAAAUAUCUAGAAUUUAUUUCACCCAACACGUUGUAAAAUAGGCCUUCUGUAUGUGAUCAUGCUUAAGAUUGAUGUAUCAUGUUACUUCCUAUUUUGCUGUAAUGUAUGGCUUUUUACACUGUUGACAGGAGUGGGAUACUCUGUGUUGUCUCAGUUGAACAACGAUAUAAAAAUAUCUGCAUAAUUUGUAUCUAGAAUUCAUUUCAGCCAACACAUGUUGUAAGAUAGGCCUUCUGUAUGUGAUCAUGCUUAAAAUUGAUGUAUCUUGUAACUUCUAUUUUGCUGUAAUGUAUGGCUUUUUACACUGUUGACAGGAGUGGGAUACUCUGUGUUGUCUCAGUUGAACAACGAUAUAAAAAUAUCUGCAUAAUUUGUAUCUAGAAUUCAUUUCAGCCAACACAUGUUGUAAGAUAGGCCUUCUGUAUGUGAUCAUGCUUAAAAUUGAUGUAUCAUGUUACUUCCUAUUUUGCUGUAAUGUAUGGCUUUUUACACUGUUGACAGGAGUGGGAUACUCUGUGUUGUCUCAGUUGAACAACGAUAUAAAAAUAUCUGCAUAAUUUGUAUCUAGAAUUCAUUUCAGCCAACACAUGUUGUAAGAUAGGCCUUCUGUAUGUGAUCAUGCUUAAAAUUGAUGUAUCUUGUAACUUCUAUUUUGCUGUAAUACAUGGGUUGUAACACUGAUUUCAUUCUGGAUACUAAAUGUUGUCUCCUCUGAACAACGAUGUAAAAAUAUCUGUAUAAGUUGUAUGACUAGUUCAGUAUGCUAUCCCAGCUUUAAAGUUCUAUUCUCUUUGAACUGGUCCUACGACAACAUUGUCAACUUAACACGCCCCAUGUGGCACAAGCCAUGCUUUCAAGAGAAAAGUAAAGCAUUCAUGAGAACGAGCAACUGUGUUUCCAUAAGACUCUGUUUGGUCCGUCUCACUAUUAAACUUCCUCUCU